UGUGCGCGGGUGGGGUGCGCCGCCCGUCGACGUGUGACGACCGCAGUGUGCGCCGCCAUGUGCCGCCGGGCCGUGACCUAGGCCGGCGCGGCCUGUGACGUCAUGACAGUGAAGGGUAGCGGCGGCUGCGGGCCGCCGGCCGACGCCGAGAAGCAGCGGCCGGAGGAGACGGCGCCCUAUAGCAGCGAGUUUCUGCUGCGACCGAGCUGGACCGACGCUCGGCUGGCGCUUCGGCAAGUGAACAAGGGUGACGCGGACGGUAACCGGGCGGCGCUCUGGCUGCGCGCGAGGACUCAGUGCUACCUGUUCCACACGGGGAGAUUGGUGCAGAGCCACGCGGGCAAGAUCCUGUUCGCCGGCGUGUUGUUACUUGCCACAUUGUGUAUAGGGCUCAAGAGCAUUCACCCGCAAACUGACAUGGAGGACCUCUGGGUGGAAGAGGGCGGUCGGCUGGAGCGGGAGCUGGAGUACGUGCGGAGCAGCCUGGGCGACGGCGCCGGCUCGCUCAACCAGAUCGUAGUACAAACGCCGCACGGCCAGGCGGGCUCCGUACUGAGGCCCGACGCCCUGCUCGCCCACCUGCACGCCGUCAAGGCAGCUAGUCAAGUCUCUGUCGACAUGUAUGAUAUAACGUGGAGAUUGAAAGAUCUAUGUUUUGCGCCGAGUUUUCCCAUGUAUGAAGAGCAUCUAGUAGAUCAAAUAAUGGAGAAGCUCAUCCCGUGCUCCUUUGUGACUCCAUUAGACUGUUUUUGGGAAGGCUCAAAGCUGCUGGGGCCCGAGUUCCCCGUCACCCUACCGCAGAUGCCGGGCAAGCUGCAGUGGACAAACCUGGACCCGGAGAAGGUGUUUGGUCUCAUGGACAGCCGAUUCGGGCCCGAGUUCCAGUUCGACUCGCUGCAGAAGUACAUGAAGGGGGCGGGCAUCACUAGCGGGUACCAGCGGCGGCCGUGCCUGGACCCGACCGACCCCGAGUGUCCGGCGACGGCGGCCAACAGCGGCUCCGGCCGGCCGCCGGACGUGGGCGCCGAGCUCACCGGCGGCUGCUACGGCUUCGCCACCAAACACAUGCACUGGCCGGAACAGCUCAUCGUCGGAGGCGUGGAGAAAAACCGCACGGGCCACAUCGUCAGGGCUAGCGCGCUCCAGACGGUGAUUCAGCUGAUGGGGGAGAAGAACCUGUACGAGUACUGGACCGACAACUGGAAGACGCACAACAUGGACUGGAGUGUGCCCAUGGCCAAGGCUGUGCUGGACGCCUGGCAGCUCAAGUUCUCAGAGGAGGUCAAGCGGUACACGGAGCAGCACGCCGGCACCCGGCCGUACAACAUCCACUCGUACUCGACCGAGUCGCUGGACCAGAUGCUGCGGCAGUUCGCCAGCUUCGACCUGACGCGGCUGGGCAUCGGCUACGGUCUCAUGCUGAUGUACGGCUUCCUGUCGCUGGUGCGCUGGUCGGAGCCGGUGCGAUCGCAGGGCGGGCUGGGCGCCGCCGGCGUCCUGCUGGUCACCCUGUCGGUGAUGGCCGGCCUCGGCCUCUGCGGCCUGGCCGGCAUCCCCUCCAACGCCUCCACUACGCAGAUCAUACCGUUCCUGGCGCUCGGUCUGGGCGUGGAUGACAUGUUCCUGAUGGCGCUGACCUACUCCGAGUCGGACUUCAGCAACACGCCGCCGCAGGAGCACGUCGGGGAGGUGCUGAAGCGGGCCGGCGUCAGCGUGCUGCUGACGUCCCUCUGCAACGUCAUGGCCUUCAUGUCGGCCGCCAUCUUGCCCAUCCCAGCGCUGCGGUACUUUUCGCUUCAGGCGGGCGUCCUGAUCGCCUUCAACGUGCUCUCCAUCCUGCUGAUCUUCCCGGCCAUGAUGAGUCUGGACCUGCGGCGGCGGCGGGGGCGCGUGUAUGACGUCAUCUGCUGCUGUCAGAGUGCGUCGGCGGCGAGCCGGCUGGCGUCGGCCGAGUCGCUGGACUCGGUGGGCUCGCGCGGUCCGCUGGUGGCGACGCGGGGCCGGCCGCCGCUGGCCGGCGCGCUGUUCUGCGCGGAGGGGCGCGGCCAGUGCGGCCGGCUCGGCCUGCGCCGGCUGGUGCGCCGCCACUACGCCGGCUGGCUGGUGCGCCGGCCGGUGCGGCUGGCCGUGCUGGCCGCCUCGCUGGCGGCAGCCGGCGCCGCCGUCUGGGGUGUCUGUCAGCUGCGUGACGGCCUCGACCUCACCGACGUCGUGCCGCGCCGCUCCGACGAGUUCGCCUUCCUCGACGCACAGCGGCGCUACUUCGGCUUCUUUGAGAUGGUGGCUGUGACGCAGGGCAACCUCGAGUACCCGACCAACCAGCGCCUGCUCCACGAGUACCACCAGGCCUUCACGCGAGUGCCGAACAUCGUGAAGAACGAUGACGGCGGCCUGCCCGACUUCUGGCUAGGCAUGUUUAGGGACUGGCUGCUCGGCCUGCAACGGGCGUUCGACCGCGACUGGGCGCUGGGCCUGAUCGACCGCGAGCGCUGGUCCCGCAACGCGUCCGACGAGGCCGUGCUGGCCUUCAAGCUGCUCGUGCAGACCGGCCGCGUCGACUACCCGAUCGACAAGUCGCUGCUGCCGCACGUGCGCCUCGUCGAGGACGGCAUCAUCAACCCCAAGGCCUUCUACAACUACCUGACGGCGUGGGCGUCCAACGACGCGCUGGCGUACAGCGCCAGCCGCGCCCAGCUGCGCCCCGAGCCCCGGCAGUGGCUGCACGUGGCCUCCGACGUCGAGCUGAAGAUCCCCAAGUCGCAGUCGCUGGUGUACGCGCAGCUGCCGUUCGCGCUCAGCGGCCUCUCCAGCACGGAGAGCAUCGUGGAGACGAUCGAGCAGGUGCGCCGCAUCUGCCGCCGGUUCGAGGCGCGCGGCCUGCCGAACUUUCCCAGCGGCGUGCCGUUCACGUACUGGGAGCAGUACGUGAGCCUGCGCUUCUUCCUGGCGCUGGCGCUGCUCUGCGUGUUCGUGGCCGUGUUCGUGGUCAUCUCGGUGGUGCUGAUGAACGUGUGGGCGGCCGGCGUGGUGGUGUUCGUCAUCGGGCUGACGGUGCUGCAGCUACUGGGCGUCAUGGGCUUCCUUGGCCUACGGCUGAGUGCCGUGCCUGCCGUCAUCGUCGUCAUGGCGGCCGGACUCGGCGUCCAGUUCACCGUCCACAUACUGCUGGGGUUCCUGACCAGCCUGGGCGACCGGGUGGCGCGGGUGCAGCGCAGUCUGGAGCUGAUGUUCCAGCCGGUGUUCCAUGGCGGUGUCUCCACGUUGCUGGGGGUGCUCAUGCUGGCCUUCUCCGACUUCGACUUCAUAAUCAGGUAUUUUUUCUGCGUGCUGGCGUCACUGGUGCUGCUGGGCCUGGUGAACGGGCUGGUGCUGCUGCCGGUGCUGCUGUGCUGGCUGGGGCCGCCGGCCGAGGUGCGGCCGGCCGGUGGCGGGGACGUGCUGGCGGCGCCCAGCCCGCAGCCGCCGGCGGCCAAGCGUCUGAAGCCGGCGCCGAGCCGCCUCAGCCUGAGCACCAUCUCGGAGGAGUCGUCCGGCUCGCAGGCGUCGGCGGGUCGCGCCGGCCGGCACACGCACGACAUCGUGGUCGAGCCACAGGUGGUGGUGGAGACGUGCUGCCCGCGGAUAUCAGGCGUCGUGCUCACCGAACUGAAGUAG